AUGGUUCUAGAUGUAGAUCUCAAUUCUCCACCUCUUGAGAUCCAUGAGCAAGAAGCAUCUUCUGGUUCCAGACACCCUGCUGCAUCUCAUGGAACAUCUGCUUCCAUCAAUCCUCGGCAUAUUUAUCCCAGUGGACAGCAUCAGGGUUCUGCCCCACAGCCCUAUGAUGUUUUAGACAGUUCACUUAUUGAUGUAGAUGCCAUCGAGGAUGAGGUCCAGAUGCUCUCAUCCCCAAGAGGGUUUCCUCAGGCAAGGAAUCAUUCUAGGAGAAAUCAACCUGUGACAGUAGUCCUCGAUGAAGAUCUUGACACAAGUUCAAGAAUAUCAGAGGGAUCAGCAACCAUAUUAUCUUUGAAUGAUCACAAUAAGCAUGAAAGAAGUUCAAGAAACAUUUCAGUUAUUAAUUGUGAGCUUUAUCCAGCUCUGGAAGAGGAGUCCAACGUGAAGGGCAAGAAUGUCAUGGAAGCCAGGCCGGAGCCGCCAAAGGAACCAGCUUUCAUCUGCCCCAUCUGCAUGGACACACUGGUGGAGCCAUCGUCAACUAUUUGCGGCCAUAUUUUCUGCUGCAGCUGCAUAAAGGCGUCCGUUAAAUCUCAGAAGAAGUGCCCUACUUGUCAAAGAAAGCUAAGCAUGAGCAAUUUCCACAGGGUGUAUCUUCCAACUACUACUGACUGA